AUUAUUUUUUAUACGGCGGACAGGAAUUUGUCAAAAACAAACCCUAGCCCAACAGCGGCCCGAAUCGAGCGCCGCCGCCUUGCUCUCGGCUCCACCACUGCCCCGUCUCUGUCCCCGCCUCGCCGCCGGAGACGCGCAAGCUUAGGGCUAGCAACCGUUUGCGCUGACAAGUACCCGGAGGCCCGGCAUGGGAAAGAAGAUUCGCAGCGCCAAUGGCACCUCGACGCCGGUCAGGUCCAUGAACCAGGCCGUGUCGCUCCGUGAGGAGACCUCCGGGAGGACGCACGUAGACGAUGUCUCCCUGCUGAGGGUCAAGCACCUGCAGAGGCUAGCGGCGUGGGCGGGCGCAGAGGCCGGGGUGGGCCCGAUCGGCGCGCUGCUGGGGCGCCGCCUCGCCGCGAGCGCCGAGGCCGCCGGAGUACCCCUCGACGCCGCCACUUUCCUUUGCCAGAGGUGUGAGACAAUCUUAAAGCCAGGCUUCAACUGCACUGUCCGCAUAAGGAACAAGAGAAAUAAAGCAAAACGUCGUAAGAAAUCAAACUGUUGUCAGAACAGUGUUUCCUAUGCAUGCCAUUUUUGUGGAGAUCAGAACCUAGUAUUAGGUAGUGGGAAGGGUGUUGUUAAGAGCCUGUUACCAUUAAGAGACCAUAGUACUAUGAACUCAUCCCAUAGAAUUAUGAGAGGAAACAAUAACAACAGAAGAACACAUGAUAAGAAAGAAGUGCUUGAGCUUUCUCAAGCAGCAAUUUUGCAAGUGGAAUUGUCAUCUCUGUUGAGACAGUCAACUUCUGAAAGUGAUGAGCAUGGCGAAAGGUUAAAAUGUAAUCUUGAUGAACAGAUGCAUGAAACUGACCCUAUUGCUUCUGAGAAGGUUAAAAUAUGCGAAGCUACUUCGCAAGCAGAACUUCCAGUUGGUUCAUCAUUUGUCACACCUCAGAAAAAGAAACCACUGGUGGUGACUGUCCCUAAAGAUUCAGCAGGAAUACUCAAGACAGGAAGUAGCGUGAUUUCUGGCUCAGUCACUCACACACUUUCAGGCUCUAGCAAGUCUGCCUCGAAUGACUCUAGAAAUAAUGUGAAAUAUGCAGCAAAGGAUUCUUCUCAGGUUUCUGGCAGCUCAAGAAAGCGGACAAGAAAGGGGUGGACGACUCUGAAACAAAUAGCUGAGAAGGAUGAGCUCGAAAAGAAGGAGAAGAUGGGUAAUUUUGUAAUCCCGUUCUUCAUGCACUAAGUAGGAUGUUAAAGUAUUUGCCCACAUUGUAAUCGUUUGGUCAUUAGUUUAUCUAUUGAGAAGGACAAUGUAAUUUUGGGGAAGGGAGGGAGCUACUAAAUUUUGCAGUUGAAUGGAAGAAAUGAGGUUACCAAAUUCUGGUUGAAUGUGGAAAGUCCCACUGCAACAAGUUCUAAUGUUGCAUGCAACAGAUUAUUUUAUCAA